UAUGGUUCCCCCCUACAUUCUCUUUCUUUUGUGAUUCCGUCGCCAAAAUAUUAAAAGGCUUGAAAUUUAUUAAAAUAAAACAAGGAAUAGUGUUAAGAAAACUAAAGAAAAAUGGCAGAUUCCGAUGUGGUAGACAUGAAUCUUACAAUAGACGACUUGGUUCCAAAGAGCCCCGAAAGAUUAGCUGAUGAAAAAAAGGAGAGUGGCAACCAUCUGUACAAAUUCAAAAACUACAAGGGGGCACUUGCAAUGUAUGAUGAAGCCAUUAAGCUCUGCCCAGAAAAUGCAGCAUACUACGGCAACCGUUCAGCGUGCUACAUGAUGCUUGGAAUGUACAAGAAAGCUCUAGACGAUGCCCAGAAAGCUGUGGCUAUAGAUCCCACAUUCACAAAGGGAUAUAUUCGGAUUGCAAAGUGCUGUAUUGCAUUAGGAGACAUAUCGGGCGGCGAGCAAGCGGUCCGCAAGGCAGCGGAGCUGGGCGGCGCGGAGGUGGCGGCGAGCGAGCGGCGCGCGCUGGAGUCGCUGCAGCGGCUGCACGAGGACGCGCAGCGCGCCAUGGCGGCCGCCGACUACCGCCGCGCCGUGUUCUGCAUGGACCGCUGCCUCGACUACAGUCCUGCUAGCUCCAAGGCCAAGUUGACCAAAGCGGAGUGCCUGGCGGUGCUCGGGCGCUGCCAGGAGGCGCAGGAGAUCGCCAACGACUCGCUCCGGUUCGACAGCCUCGACGCUGAGGCUAUCUACGUGCGGGGACUGUGCCUGUAUUUUGAGGACAAGGAUGAGCAAGCCUUCAAGCACUUCCAGCAAGUGCUGCGACUUGCCCCCGAUCACAAAAAGGCGAUGGAAACAUACAAGAGGGCCAAACUUCUCAAGCAAAAGAAGGAAGAAGGCAACGAAGCAUUCAAAAUGGGCCGCUGGCAGCAAGCGCUGAGUCUCUACAAUGAAGCUCUGACCAUAGACAAGAUGAACCGCGCCGUGAAUGCCAAGCUUUACUACAACAAGGCGACCGUGUGCUCCAAGCUGGGACUCACUAAGGAGGCGGCGGCGGCUUGCACCUCCGCGCUAGAACUCGACGAAAACUACAUGAAGGCGCUGUUGAGACGUGCCAAGUGCCACUCGGAGCUCGGCGACCACGAGGAGGCAGUCAAGGACUACGAGAGACUCUACAAAAUAGACAAGAGCAAAGAGAACAAACAACUGCUACACGAAGCCAAAAUUGCACUCAAGAAAUCAAAGCGCAAAGAUUACUACAAAAUCUUAGGCGUGGACAAGUCUGCGUCUGAGGAUGACAUAAAAAAAGCCUACAGGAAGCGUGCCCUAGUCCACCACCCGGACAGACACGCGGGCGCGCCGGACUCGGAGCGGCGCGAGCAGGAGCGCCGGUUCAAGGAGGUGGGCGAGGCGUACGGCAUCCUCAGCGACCCCAAGAAGCGGGCGCGGUACGACCACGGACAGGAUAUUGAUGAUGACGGCGCGGGCAUGGCGGACAUAGAUCCCAACGUAGUGUUCCAGUCGUUCUUCAACCGUGGGCCGCAGAACUUCAACUUCGGGGCGGGCGGCGGCGGCGGCUUCCCCGGCAGCGCGUUCAACUUCCAGUUCGGCUAACUGCGCCCGCGGCCCGCCCCAUGUCCCUCUCGGCACCCCUGACGACGGAAGAGAACGCAAAUUCGACUAACUGUUAUACGAUAAGUCUUAAGUCCGACAAAACCUUACUACGACACGUUUAGUUAUGAUGUCGGAGUUUAGGAGUGUGACGUAAGACUUGUCGAAUAACAGUUUGCCGAAAUUCCGUUUUUGACCGCCCUGACGAGCGAACCAUCAAGGCGAACACCACCGUUGCAUCAAGCUAACACUACACAUUAGAAAUACGCCGUUUUACUGCUCAAGAUUCGUGCCGGUGCCAGGACAGAGACUAUAUCUAAACGUUAAUCCACAAAUGUAAGUUCGUUUAAAUAAAAUGUGAAAGUCGCUGUGGUAAGCCUGAAACAGCGUGUGCAUUGUGGUGAUCGUAGUGUGUUAGAUUAUGAAGUGUUAAAACAAAUAUGUAUAACCGUCAUAAAAAUACUAUAAAUAUUUUUUACUAGUUUAGUUACUUACAUAAUAUGUUACGUUGACUGAUUCGGUUAAGUAUUUUAACUUCUACAUUACUGGUUUUAUUUCCUUUUGAUUUCAGUAGGAAAGACCUUUCAGCAAAAACGUUUUCGCUUGAUACAUUUAUAGAACUUAGCUUUCUCAAAAUUUUCAUUCCAAGCUUUCGCGUCAUUCCUAUAGCAAUUUUUGCUUCAUUACUCAAAAAUAUUUUUUCAGUCAACGUUAGUUUCCCGAAAUUCCUUUAACGUUCUUUUAAAUAUAACGCCGUAAAGUACCUUAUUAAUUUACCUAUAUGUUGUAAUAUUAGUGUUUUGGGACCUUCCUUGUAUUUUGCUAAUGUAUAACUAUAAUAAGUUGUCAUUCAAAUGAUAAAUAAUUCAAUAAUGUUUGAAUCGUAAUGUUUUUAGAGUCAAAUAAACUUUGGGUUGUAUGCGUGAUGAUACAUUUAUAACGACAAUAGUUCAGAAAAACUUAAAAUUUAUAAAAUAAAUCGUAAGAAAAAUUA